CGGUCAUGUGGCGCAAACUUCCGGAGACACGUGGCGGUUUCCAAUUUUCAUCAUCGCACUCAGUCAGUCAUGACGAAUGAUGAUAAUCACGACCUGGAAAAUCGAUUUGAUGAACUUGCAAGAGCUGUCCGACAGCGGGAAUGCUGGAACAAAUACGAUCUCUACGGAAGCUUCGUGGAUCGAGCAGCCGUCGGAAUCGGAACUCCCAAGGAACGACGUUUGACGUCCGUCCUGAUGCGGAGAUAUUCCAUCUAUUUCCCCAAAUCAAAAGAAGCCUCGCUGGAAGCGGAAAUUGACUUAUGCAACGAUGCCGAUGCAGAAGUUCGGAAGCAAGCUUUCCAUGACAUACCUCACUUUUGCACAAGCGAGGGGAAUACCGCAAGAGUCGUCGUGGCCCUGCAUCAUCACUUGCUUUCCGAGAGUAAGGCCGAGGUUCUCAUCGUAGAGAGAGCGCUAUGCGUCUUACUGCAACGUUCGCCGGAAGAAGCAAUAAGAGCAGUGUUCCUAGAUAUGGAAAGAUCAAUGUUCACAGCGGCAGGAAAAGCCUUUGUUCGAUUCCUAUGCGUAAAGCUCCGCCCCCAGGCCCGCGGGGGACGCAUCGAGUCGGCUUUGUUCACGGGUUUUGCCGACGUGUCCGAUCGACUCCCUUUCGAUUACUUCGUGGAAAUGUUUCAACUCAUAUCGGCUUUGAGGAUCGUGAAGACCACCGGGGGCCGGGGGAUCAUCGUUGGAACAAUUAUCCGUUUCCUGCGAAGUUCUCCAGAGUCGGUAUCUUGGUGUCAGCUCAAGACCUGCUUAACGCUGCCAAUGCCGCACUUCUCGUCCGUGGCUCCUUCGACUGAGCUUAUUAAGCUCGUGGCGGUAGACUUUCUCCCUAAUCUGGACGCGAAGGAGCCUGAAAGUUUGGAGAUAUUGGACCUGUUCAAUCAAAUGGCGCGAUUCGUCGAAGAACAGCAUGAGCAGGACGACACGACGCGAGAUGUGCUGGGAAAAGUGCUCGGAUGCAUCGAACGCUUCUUGUCGCAGGUUUCGAAAGAGUCAGUCACCGGAGAAGCACUCGGCCCUCCGAGUCUGCCUCUGGAGCAUAUACAGCUCCUUCUUCGGAGCUUUGCCACGAUUGCCCAAAGAGCCAAAGCGACCGUCACGGAGGAAGACGAGAGUUUUCGGAGUGUGAGGGAGAAGCUCGCGUACCUCAAUGAGAUCGUCCAGAAAGAGCGGUCGAUGCUUGCGAUAGUGAUUUGUCGCCGUAAAGGAGUGAGUUCGCGGGGAGAGGCCAGAUCGAGAACCCUCUCCAAGCUCGCAGCAUUGAUCGAGUCCUGGUUGCGGGAACCAUUAGAUUUUGAGCCAAGAGAAUUGGCAUCCCCGGUCUUCGUGGAUGAGCCGCCAGCGUCUGAUCACGAUUACUCGCAGGGUACCUCGUCUUCAACCGCGGAGAGCUCUCCGGAAAAACGCCCGACAAAUACGAGGAAAAAGGUGAUCCAGCUCCAGGGCGAGAUCAGGAUAUUGGAAUCCCUCCUCGAGAAGGAAAGACAAAGAGCCGACAGUCUAUUGCUCGAGAAUGCUGAACUCAGAAGGAACCGGUAGAUCCGAGACUUGCAAAAUUUUUGGUGCCACCGCUCCCUUCAAGAUGGAUCCUCCGAUGAGAUCUUAUUGAUAGUUCAGCUUCUUUAUAAAGGGAAGCUUUUCCUUGAUUUCUACCGCGCAUCCAUUAUGCAACUCCAUUAUUUCGCGAGAUAUCAUGUGGAAAAUAAAUUGACACUCAAAAGGAGAUCAGCUCGGGCCAAGCGAUGGUCAUUCCUCGCGAGGAUC